AUGUCACCAACACAGCAGCAUGAGCGUCUGCCAGGGACGAGUGAGGAGGAACCUCUAUUGGGAGAUCGAGGAGAUGCCAGUCAAGUCGACGGAAAAUCGCUAUACUACAAUCUCAUCAUGGGCACUGGAGUGAUGGUGCAAGCCGGCGUGUGGGUAAUAGCAGCCAUGAUCUGGGGCUCCGUCUUCUCCGUCGACCUCAUCCUCUUCUCCGCUCAUCCCCUCCUCAACUCAGCCGCCUUCCUCUUCCUCAUCCAAGCCCUCCUAAUCCUCCAACCAACCCACACCGCCCAUCAAAAACAGCAAGGAACAUACAUCCACUCCUCCCUCAACUCCCUCGCCCUCCUCACCGGAAUCGCCGGGCUCAUCGUAAUCGAAUAUAACAAAUUCGYCCACAACGCCCCACACUUCGAUUCCGCACACGGUCGACUAGGUCUCAUUACCUACAUUCUAGUCCUUGUACAGGCCAUCGCAGGAGCUACAUCUUUCUACGCGCCGUCGUUGUAUGGUGGCGUGGAGAAUGCAAAGGCGUUGUACAAGUAUCAUCGUGUGGGAGGAUAUGUGACGACGUUGGUCAUGUUGGCUACGAUUUGUAGUGCGACUUAUACGGACUAUAAUAAGAAUGUGUUGGGUGUGCAGCUUUGGGCUUUGAUUGUGUCGGGGGUGGUGUUGGUUAUUGGUUUGGGAGCGAGAGUCCGGUUGGCUAAGUUUGGGUAUUUGGCCGGAAGGUAG